AUGGGGUGGGGAGGAGAACUUGGGAGGAAGGCGCGAGGCAAAAAGCCCGGCUAUGAGAGCUAUGGGGGGGGGGGUCUCUAGAGAAGUGCGCCGGGCAAAGCCGGAGGAGGGCUUCCUGAGACGUGCUGCCUGGGGCCGGGCCCGCUAGUGCCCCGUGGGAACCCCGCGUCCUUCCGCGCCCGCCCCGGGCUGGGUGCGUGCGCGUCGGGAGUCAAGGCGCCGGGCGCACCAGGAAGUGACUCUCUCCCGUGGCUGCGAUCCCGGCCCUUAGCUGAUCUCUUCAUGACCUGCCUCCGGUUUGUAAGAGGAUUGGUUACGAAGGGCCACACCCACGGCAUAUGGAAGUUCCCAGGCUAGGGAUCAAAUUGGAGCUACACCUGUCAGCCUACACUACAGCUCACAGCAACGCCAGAUCCAAGCCACGUCUGCGACCUACACUGCAGCUCACAGCAACGCUGGAUCCCCGACCCACUGAGCGAUGCUGGGGAUCAAAACCACAUCCCCAUAGAUACUAGUUGGAUUCGUUUCUGCUGCACCACAAUGGAAACUCCUCUUUUCUUCAUCUUUUGGGAGCCUAAGCCAGUGCGUAUGGUGUGCAAUAAAUUCAGUUCUUCCAAGUGUUGACUCUGUUCCAGGCACUGUACUCAUUGCUGGGUUUCUCUAAGGUGUUAAGGUCCUGAUGCACAGCCUGAGAUGCUUCCUCUCCAGGGUGGGUCCCUUCUCCAAACCGGGACUGUUCCCCUGGUGUGCCACAAAGUCUCCAGCUUGGUCACAGCUAUUUCUGGGCUCAGCGUGUAAGGGAAACUUCACCCAUGUGGUAGCCAAGAAGCAUCAAAGAGGACAACAGAAAAGUCAGAAGAAACCAAGACAUUGUGGGCCACUAGAUGGUUCCUGGCAGGAAAGGCUGGCUGAUGUUGUGACACCACUCUGGAGGCUGAGCUAUGAAGAACAGCUCAAGGUGAAAUUUGAAGCUCAGAAGAAAAUUUUACAGAGAUUGGAAUCUUACCUUCAAAUGCUCAAUGGAGUCAGUGUGACAACAGCUGCACCUAGAUCUGAGGGGCUGUGUUGCUGUCUCCAUCCUAUUAUACCUUCUCCUGUCAUUGAUGGCUACCGAAAUAAGUCCACCUUCUCUGUGAACCGAGGUCCAGAUGGCAAUCCAAAGACCGUGGGGUACUACCUGGGAACUUGGAGAGACAGGAACAUUGUCUGUGUACAGUCUAACCAUCUGAAAAAUAUCCCCGAGAAACACAAUCAAGUGGCACAGUACUAUGAAAUAUUCCUUCGGCAGUCCCCAAUGGAGCCCUGCCUUCUAUUCCAUGAAGGUGGGCACUGGCGUGAGCUUAUAGUCCGCACCAAUAGCCAAGGGCAUACGAUGGCUAUCAUCACUUUCCAUCCCCAGGAAUUAAGGCAGGAGGAGCUCUGUGUUCAGAAGGAGACUGUAAAGGAGUUUUUCACCAAAGGGCCAGGAGCGGUCUGUGACUUGACAUCACUUUACUUCCAGGAGAGUACCAUGACCCGUUGUAGUCAUCAGCAGUCCCCCUACCAGCUCCUGUUUGGGGAACCUCACAUCUUUGAAGAUCUCCUGGGCUUGAAGAUCCGCAUCUCUCCAGAUGCCUUUUUCCAGAUUAACACCGCUGGUGCAGAGAUGCUGUAUCGGACCGUGGGGGAGCUGAGUGGAGUGAACUCUGACACCAUCCUCCUUGACAUCUGCUGUGGGACUGGUGUGAUUGGCCUCUCUCUGGCUCAGUAUACCUCCCAGGUCCUUGGGAUUGAGUUGGUGGAACAGGCAGUAGAGGAUGCCAGGUGGACUGCAGCCUUCAAUGGCAUCACCAACUGUGAAUUCCACACUGGUCGAGCAGAGAAGAUUUUGCCACAGCUACUAAAAUCAAAGGAAGAUGGGCAGUUCAUUGUUGCUGUGGUGAACCCAGCCCGGGCAGGACUGCAUUACCAGGUGGUUCAAGCCAUUCGAAACUGCAGGGCAAUCCGCACACUAGUUUUUGUUUCCUGCAAGCCCCAUGGUGAAACCACAAGGAACAUCAUUGAGCUGUGCUGUCCUUCAAACUCUGCUAAGAAGCUCCUUGGGGAGCCUUUUGUCCUGAGACAAGCCGUACCCGUGGAUCUGUUCCCCCACACCCCUCACUGUGAGCUAGUGCUCCUCUUCACUCGAUAAGAAGUCUCCUACAAGCCUGCACGAUCUUUGUUAAGGCUGAAGUAUCAGUACCUUCCAGACCUCACCCAAACAGAAGCCUCUCCUAGCCUCUCCAGUUUCUGUUAACAGUCAGCUACCUGAAGCAGUUCUCAAGAUGCACCUUCAGGUCUGGAAGGCAGAGAGGGAAGGAAACA